GCUUUUUUAUUAAUUUUCGCAAGCGGAAGUUCAAAAUCACUGUUUAUAAGUCUAAUUAGAAAAAAAGACUUCAACAUACAAUUAUACUCUUGUUAAAUUACUUAAGGCUCAAGAAAGAACUGUCGGCAACCAGAGCGCAAAUCAAUUUCUUCGUUGUAUAAUAUUUUUCCGGAGGAGAGACUCUUGAUUCAAGUGACAAACUCGAUCGGCACAACAUGCAGCGAAAUACUGCAGAAGUACUUGUUUUCCUUAUUUGGGUGGUGGCCGCGUUCAUAACGAAAACUGCUGAAAGCUCUGCCUCCUGUCCCAGGGUUGAGAAAAUUGGAUGCUUCAUUGAUACCCUCAUACCCAGGCCUCUACCCGAGCUGCUGCUGACUGACCGCGAUCCCACUGAUCCAGUGUACAGCGGUAACACAAUUAAUUGGUAUAAUUUCAUGGAUUAUCUAAAAGGUUUGGUAUGCCGCUGUGCAGAACGGACAAAGGAGCGAGGAUUCACUCACUUUGGUCUUCAGUUCUACGGCGAGUGCUGGAGCGGGCCUGAUGCAGAAUCGCGCUUUGCUAUGCAUGGUCCAUCUAAACAAUGUCUGAUGGGGCUGAGUAUUCCGCCGGCAUACUGCAACAGAACGGACACCAAGGCCUGUGUGGGAGGACCUCACCUUAAUUACGUAUACAAGAUCGAAGAAGAUCGGCCUAAAGACCCUAUUGAUGGCAAGUGGUCACCAUGGGGACCGUGGACUUCAUGCAGCACUACCUGUGGGCCUGGGACUAGAUCACGUAUUCGAGAGUGUACCAAUCCUCCUCCUGAGAAUGGCGGGAAAACCUGCGCGGGGAAUGAAACCCAGCAUGGAGACUGUAACGUUGGAAAAUGUCCCACUCCAUGUCACCGUGACCUUGACCUUGGCCUGGUGCUUGACUCUUCGAGUAGUGUCGGCGUAGAAAGAUACCAGACAGCCAAGGAAUUCCUAGUUAACUUGGUGACCAACGCCCAGGGCUCGUUCAAAGGAACAAGAAUAGGAAUCAUAGUCUACAACCAAGAGCCUCAGUUACAGCUUACUUUUAAUCAGACUGCAGCGCUCUCGCUGGGUGAGAUCAUGAAUGUCAUCAGGGCUAUUCCCUAUCUUCACGGAGGGACACGAACUGACAAGGCACUACUCAAAGCUGCUACGGACCUUUACACAAAGAAGGGAGGAGACAGAGAGUCAGUGGCUAAUGUUCUUCUUGUCGUUACGGACGGACGGACCAACCACCUUAGUGAACCUUAUGGAGAUGCGCUAAAACCACUCAAAGAACGCAAGGUCCACGUCAUCGUAGUGGGCAUCGGUGAGGGCGUCAAAAAGUCAGAGUUACUACAAAUAGCCAUGGGAAACCAUAACCACGUGGUUACUCUAGCAGACUACCAGGAUUUACAGGCCAAGCUAAGCGACAUCGUAGAUGAAGUGUGUAGCGCGGGAAAUGGCGUCAACCGAAUGAUUUGAACUAUGUAUAGUCACGUGAGUUAGAUAUAACACAGGAAUCCCAUGUAUUCUUUGAUUUAUUCUUGUUGUAUUAAAAGUUAAGCCUAAACUUU